AUGUUGCCCCCUAGCUUGAUAUGUACUGUAUUUUCUCAAAUAGAGUCUUUAGUUUGUUUUCGGAACAAAAAGAACCACAAAACUAACCAUUCUGAAAUCAGUCAAAUUAUUCAACUUAACACCGCAGAAGCAGAACGCCAUUUUACACGAUGUUUAUUUUCUUCAAUCGAUUGUUCUAAUGAAACAAAAUCUCAAAAAGAUUUUUAUCAGAUCCAGUAUUUAAGUCAAGAGUUGAACAAGUUGCUGACAAAAUCAAAUUUUGUAUCAGUUAUCUGUUAUGCUAUAGAAAAACCUCUACCAACGCAUAAGAAUGAUGGAUCAUCUACAAGAUUAUUUUCACAAAUCACUUCAAUUUCAACAUUUAGUCGUCUACAAGAAGUGAUUCUUGGUCUUUCAUUAACGUAUUCAACUGAUGCACAACUCAGUGAACGUGCAAAACACUGGGUUCGUCAAAAACUAUCAGAAUUGGUGACUGCUCAUCUAGCAGUUGAUGAUGUUCAAACAGGAAAUAACAGUGGCGCUGGUGCUGGCAGUUCAUUGAAAACUUCUCAACAGACUAUCGAUAAUUAUCAGUCGUCGUCAACCAAUGCUGCUAAUGUUGGUGUUUCAAAAUCAUCACUACCAGAUGCUGCCGCUGCCACCACCAGCAGUACAUCAGGCAGUUUACAUGAAAUUGGCACCGAGUUGUUACAUUUCAUUGUUAGUCAUUUGUGUAGGGAUAGUGAACAUUAUGGAUUGACAGAUGGCAUGCUGAUUAAUUUCAUCGCUUCUCUACGUAAAGAUUAUCCGCGGAGUCGUACAUCAAUGGUACUCAAUACCCUCUUAUAUUCAGACAUUAUUGGACAUCCAUCAAUGAAAAUUUAUCAAUCUGAAUUAAUAUCUUCGAGUAAAUUACUUCCAUCAGUUUAUUCGUCGAAAUCGAAUCAACCAAGUUAUCAUCAACAUCAUACGACGACAACAACGACAAGUGAAUCGUUGGUGAAUAGUAAUCUAUCAACUUUUAAAAAAUCUUCAAUAUGCGGCUGUGGAUUAACCUCGGAUAAUCCAUAUCUGCUUGCAGAUCUUCUAGAAGAGCUUGGUUAUACCUGUACAAAAACAUUGGAGUCGAUACGUUCCGUGUUGAAUGAUUUUGAACCGGAUGAGUUGUCUGCUAUUUCAAUUGCAAAGUGUUUAUGCUUAUUCUUGCGUACAGCUGAUGGACAGUUGAAUACACCUAGUAGAAGUAAUUCACUAUCAUCACAAGCGAAUAGCUGGAAAAUCGAUCCUACAAUUUGUGAUACAAAUAAUCGACAAUCAGAUGCAACAAAUGAAGCGGAUCCGCCAGUGUUGUCUACAUGGAAUGUGGAAAACUUUCUCACUGUUCUACUUGAAUUAAAUCCCAAUUUACAAAUAACCGCCAUAUUAAAUCAUCUCGAUUGUCCAGAGUUUAUGAUCUCCAGCCGUCAGUCUUUCAGUUUAUUUAAACAAAUUAUUUCUUAUGCUGCUAAUCAUCUAUCAUAUCUACUACCUACGGAUUUCUUUUAUCACUUAUGGAAAAAUAUUUAUGGGCAAUUAAGUUUAUUACAUUAUUGUUGUAUAUAUCCUGAUAUACUUUGUUUAACUGCCACAUGUUGGCCAUGCCGAUAUGUUGAUCUCACCCUAUAUCGUAUCUCAGUCACUGAAGAUCAAAGUCUUUCGCUGCAAAUAUGGAAAAAUAUCGAUUAUGUUCAGACACUGCUUAGUCUAUCUGAAAGAGGUGCAUACUCAGAAGUCUAUCAGCUGCUGAAACAAGCAUUCAUAUUAUGCCCAGAUAUACUGACAGCCACAUUACUUGAAACGAGUUUUUCAACCCUACGUAAUGUAAUGCUUGGUCAUGCAUUCGUGUACUUCAUGACAAACCGUAUGAAUUCACAAAUUAUACUUCAAACAGCAUGGAAUGGUGGAAAGUCUAUUCGUCUAACAAGUACAGAAUUACAAUAUCAACGUCAUUUAUUGAUUGCUUCAUGCGUUGAAUAUACAGCUCAGUCAUUUUCUUCUAUCGGUGCAUCUAGUGAACCGAGUACAUUAACGCCUCUGCAAUUCCCUCAUAGUAGUUUCAGUGGCCAGUCUCAUAAAAAUACAGCAGUGAAUUUUACACGUUUUGUAGAAUUACUCGCAAGCAUCUCAGAUGAUCAUAAUAUCAAUACCACUACUCCUAGUAAUAAUAAUAAUACUGUUCUUCCUGGUGGAUGUACUAUCCUCCCGCUGUUACUCGGUACAACAGAGAAUUCCUCGAAUACUAUUUCAAAUCUCUUACAUCAAAGAGUUACACCAUCAAGUAGCAGUAAUAACGCCGCUUCUGUACAACAACAACAACAGCAACAACACCAACUGCCUGGUUUACCUAUUCAUUUAAUGUUACCGCCUAGUCAUGCAAUCGAUAUGACACUGGUUCUAGUUGUGUGUAUGGCAAAUGCUGUGGCGGCUGUAUCAUCAUCUACACGUACUGCAGCAGGGACUGAAGGGAAUGUCUCCUUGGCGUAUAUUCAGACUGCUAUCAAAUCAGUUCUUUCACAAUGGUUUACUGAACAUUUUCGGGAUAAGAUAACAGCGGAUCCAUUUGUUCAUGGUGUUGUUGAAUAUCUACGUGCACAGUAUUCACUUCAUAUAUCUGGCAAUUCUACUUAUAUACCACGGAAUAGAUUAGCUCUACCAGUUGAACUUCGUAAACCAUCACUUAGUUUAUUAACGCAUAUUAUUCAAUCGGCUCAAGCAGCACUCAGGUCUAGUCCAUGUUUUGUUUCCCGUCCACUUCUUGCUGAUGUACAUGAAUCCUUAAAUACUCUACUCCAGUUUAUUAUCAAUUCAGCUCUGAAUCGUUCUAACAAUCAGUCUGUCUCAUCAUCAAGUAGCAGCAGCCAUAGCGCCAGUAAUAGCGGAUCGGCUAUGAAAACAGGUGGAGCUGGUUCAACUCAGUCUCAUUUACAAACGAAUAGACUUCCAGCACCCCGACGUAAGGCAGCAGCACCGACCUCUGCUGGUGGUGGCGGCGGCAGUGGUAGUCUAGUCGGUCCAUCUGUGAUGACAACAGACAACAUUCCAACGUUGAACAGUAAUAAUUUCUUAAACAAUUUCUCCCUACCAAUGGAACAUCCACCUAUGGAACUUUCAUUUGUCAAUGAACCUAUUAAAAUCCAGUUGAGUAAAGAAGCCGAAGCCGAGGCGAAUACAUUCUUUCAAAAGCUAUUGGAAGGCAUUAGUCCACCAGAUGAAAUGUUCAAAACGCUGUACGAUUUCGCUACUCAAGGUACACCGGCUCAACGAAAACUUUUAGAUGGAAUUCUACGUAUGCUAGCCGAUGAAGUCUCUCGACAUUUACAAGAUUAUCCUGAAGUUAUGCUACCGUUGAUCGCUGAUUUGUACGGUAGUGUUCUUGCAGCUAGUACUCAUCUCUUUUCAAUGCGUGCACUUUCAAUGCUAUGGCGUUCUGUAUUAGCUCGAUUGUUUAUUCUGCCACCUGAGACACACAUGGAUGCACCAUUGUUUCGAGCAAUGGUACAUAUUCUUAUGAAAGCCAAAAAUACAUUUGUGCAUUUUUCAAAUCUUCCCAACUGUUUGGCCAGUUGUCCAGUCUUUAAACUGUUUCCACAUGACCUUCAAAGUUACAUUCUAAAUUCUGAAAUAGCCAUAAAGAAUUAUACAAUUUCACAACAGAAUGCUUCUUUAACUAAGAAUUUAACAACUACUGGAAGUAAUCCAUCGAAUCAACUUGUUGGUGGUAGUAGUAGCGGUGGUGCUGUUGCCGGUGUUGCUGGCGCUGGUAGUGGCAGCGGUGGUGGACAUUAUCAACAACACGCUGAAUCAUUGACCCCAUCGACUAGUUUAAAUUUAACCAUGUCAACGUCUACGACUACAAAUGACGUCUGUUUAAAAGCGCCUGAUGCACCAGAAGAAAGUAUUUCUGAUCGUAUCUACUUUUUAUUCAAUAAUGUAUCAAAGGUGAAUGCUAAAGAGAAAUCAAAUGAAUUAGCAAGUCUGCUAUCUGAGGAUCGAUUAAUCCCAUGGUUUGCAUUUUAUCUUGUGAGUAAACGUAUCCCUGUUGAACAAACAUUCCAUGAUCUGUUUGCAAUAGUUCUUGAUCAUAUACAAGAACGUGUACCAAAUGUGCGACCAAAGGUGAUGUUUGAACUUAUCCGACAUAUCAAGUUUCUGCUACGCAAUAUGCGUCUCGAUAAAGAUGAUAUGCAAGCCCGUAGUACAUUGAAAAAUUUUGGCAGUUUUCUUGGUCUUAUCACUCUGGCGCGUAAUAAACCAGUCCUGCAUGAUGAUUUAAACAUUAAAGAUCUUAUCUAUGAAGCUUAUUAUAAAGGUCCUAUACCUACACAGUAUGUAGUACCAUUUGUUGCGCGUGUUGUUCGUGGAGCUACUGAAAGUUUAGUCUUUCGUCCGCCUAAUCCAUGGACUAUGGCAAUACUCAAGGUGUUACGUGAACUAUACGAUAUGGAUAAUGUGAAAGAUUGUCUACGAUUCGAAAUCGAAAUCCUCUAUCGAGCUUUUGACUUAAAUCUGAAUGAAAUACCCUCAGCACAUUUCCUGCGGGAUCCAACGCAUUCCUCAAAUCUAGACAUAGAACUUUGCUUUAUUGCUACAACGACAACAACAACAGGGACAAGUGUAACUACUACAGGUCAAAUUGUUAUCACAACGACGACUACCUCUGGAAUAACUAGUCUUGAUACAUCAUCAAUUUAUUCUGGUAUUAGUUCUUCGACAGCCGCAGGAGAGUUGUCUGUAGCAGCUAUGACUCUACCAACAACAACAUUCUCAACUGGACCAUCUGUCUCAAGUUUAUCGUCCUCAUCAUCACAACAACACCAGCAACAGCAACAAAAACAACAAGUCUCCAGUCUGUAUUCCUUAGUUCAAAAACAACAAGUUUCUACAAUGGAGUCUUUAUCGUCGGCACAACAACAUCAACAACAACAACAAUCUGCUUAUUCGGCUGCUGGUUUAGAUAUUGCCAAUUUAGUUCAAAACUCUACCGGUUCCGGUGCAAAUCCUAACCGUCAGACAGCAGCAGCAUUCGCUGCCGCUGUAGCCGCAAUCAAGAAACAACAAUUCGGUGGUCCCCCGGGUACCUGUCCAUCAACCUCAGUUCUGUCUAUGCAACAGCAUCAACAACAGUUGAAUGCUGCUAUGGCUGCAUUUCAGCAUACACCGGUGGCUGCUGCAGCAGCUGCGGUGGCGGCCGCGGCUGCACAACAACAACAACAGCAGCAAGCUCAACUAUCUCAUCAACAGUCGUCUGCAACACCGCAAGGUGUCCUGCCUACUCACAAUAACUCUCUGCCUCAAUCCGUUGUUAACGGGCAGUCGUCGACAGCUACUACUGGCUCAUCAUUGAGUGGUGAUAUGGGCGUUGGUAGUGCUGGUGGCGGCGGUACCAUGUUCACUGGACAUUUAUUACGUUAUGAAGAUGUGAAUAUCCGUAGUAUUCGAGCCUGUUUGAAUUUGGAUGAACUGCUGACUAACGCAGCACUUGGUAGUCGAAAUAGUGGUACUAAUCCGAAUGCAAUUGCUGCUGCAUUUGCGCUACUACAAGCAAAUCCUCGACUGCGUAGUUUAAUUGAACCUGCUGUUAUACGAGCCAUCAAUGAAUUGACUACUCCAGUAUUUGAACGAUGUGCACGUAUCACUGUGACUACAGUUGUAGCAAGUGUUCGUAAAGACUUCGCCCUAGAUCCAGAUCCUGGACGUAUGUUAUACGCUGCGUGUCAAAUGAUUCGACAUCUUGCUGCUGGAAUGUCAUUGAUUACUGCAAGAGAAGCUUUGGGAAUGUCAUUAGUGACUAGUUUAAAAAAUAUUAUUCUUGCUGAAGUACAAUCGGCUACUGGUCAAGAGAAAGAAGCUGUUCAACAAUUGGCCUAUCUGGUCGUUGGUCGAAGUAUGCAUGUUUGCCUAGCAUAUAUGCAAAAGUCAGUUGCAGAGAAAGCUGUGAAAGAAGUUGAGAAAAAGUUAGAAGGUGAAAUUAAACUUCGUACUGAACUUGGUCCUAUACGCUUUAUGGAACAGGCUGUCAAUCAAUUGUCACCUCAACAAUCCUCUAUGCCUGAUUGUCUACGCCUUUCUACUGGUGGUCCAAAUGCAGUUGAAAUGGCUGUUUAUGAAGAAUUCGGUCGCAUUAUCCCAGGAUUUGCUUCAAGUCCACCUGGAACUAAUACAUCCACUUCAUCAUCACUUUUACCUCCUGCAACUUUAAAUUCACUUACACCGAAUCAACCACCAAUUUCUCCAUCUGCUGUAAAUUCAGCCGCUACUAUGGCUGCAUAUCUUCAGUUGUCUGCGACACAGAAACAACAGCUUUCUUCUGCUGGCCUACUUCAACGACAGGCGGUUGCUCCGACUGCUGCCGCUGCUGGUGUUGUAGGCAGUGCAUCUGGAGCAUUUGUGAAACCACCUUAUUCAUCAACUGUUGGAUCUCAACAGCAACAACAAUCAGCUCCUUAUCAGGCCCCAUUGGCAGGUUUAUUUGACAAGAUUAUUGGACAAAUUGAGCGUCAUUUAGUCGCUAUAUCUGGAAGAUUACGUCCUGCAAACGAUCCAAUGUGUCAAUCGCUACGUUGUCUAAUCGAUGCUAUCCACUUGGCCAAGUCUAGUCGUGAUACAAAUAUCGCCAGCAAUGUGAUUACUGUGAUGGUGCAAAGUUUUCUGGAACAUUAUCGACCAAGUUAUUGGCGUGACCAGCCUCGUGGCUUGGAGACAAUGGAACAUCUUAAAGAGGCUCAUAUGCUUACUCUACGGCAUUUGUUGUCCUUCGAACAAUCUCCAUUCGGUUAUGCAUGGGUUACGCGUCAAGUAACAUUUACAUGGAUUCAUCUAGAUGGUGGAAGCGGUAACCAGACUUCAAUACCUUUAUCAUCAUCGUCAUCAAAUACUGGUGGCGGUGUGCCAACCUCUGAUACCCUACAAAAUCAGGAGAGUGAUUUAAAAUCUACCAGUGAAAAGACUCAACUCGAUAUGACAGAUGCAGCUAAUUGGGCAAGCUCUGGUUGGAAACAGUUCACCGAGAACAAUGGUAUCAAUCCUGGUACCUAUGAGAAUCGUUUUGGUCCAAUUAAAUGGAAUUGGGAAGCAUUUGCUGAACUCUUAAGAGUUCAUGUUAUCUAUUUCUCUCAAAUUGAUGCCUAUCUCUCUCAAGAAGUAUCAAAAGGUCAUUCAGCAGCAAUUACCUUUGUCAUUGAUCUAUUAGAUCAUUUUAUUCUGCCUAGUCCAACUGGUACAUCAUUAGGUGCUGCUGCUGCAGCAGCUGCGAGUUAUGCUCGUGCUAACACCUCGUCGUCGUCAAAUUCUCAAUCGAAUCCUGUCAGUACUGCUACAUCAUCAUCAUCAUCAUCAUCCUCUGGGAAUGUGAAUGUCCCUCCAAAUUCCACUAACACUACUGCUGGUAGUGGAGGUGGUAGUGGUGCUGGUAGCGGUGGCGGUGGUGCCAGUGGUGUCGGUGUCGGUGUCGUCGGGGGGCCAAUAUCUCCUUCAACCAAACGUGAAUUCACUGUCCUCAAUGAAUAUGAUUUGUGGUCAACACUCGAGGCACUACGUCAUCGUGUUGCUACCUUAAUAAUGCUACUACUGCUAAUAAUAAUAGUCUGUCAUCAUCGUUAA